AUGGCGUUCGCAUUCAAGAAGGCUGGGCUUGUGCUGGGCUUCUUGUCGUUUGCCGUGAUGGCAUUUGCUGUCAGCAUAGUGAUAGUGAUUGCCAAGCAGCUGUGGCCGUCUGGCGAGUUCACGGUCUGCAAUUCGUUCACCGGCCUGUGCGAAACCGUGUUCCUGGGGGAGACCUGCCUCAUGUCGGACAAGAGCGUCAACAUCUGCGCCUAUGGCUAUGCCACUGCCGCCAUUGGCGUCAUUGCUUGCGUGUUCACUCUGUUCGCUGCAUGCCUCCCCGCCAUGGUCUCCCUUCUGCUCUCCCUGUUUGGCUCCGUGUGGUGGCUGGCCUACUCAAUUACGGCCACUGUGUACAACAAUGAUCUCCCCGGCGGCUACCCUCGCGGCUACUAUCGGAACGUUGUGAUUGCUCUGAGCUGGACAACCUUUGCUUGCUGCGUCCUGUCCGUGGUGCUUGCCAUCAAGAUGCGAGGCAAUGAGAAGAAGAAGGAUGCCAGGGACAAGCCGCAGUUCCAGGAGGCGCCUGCGGUUGUAUGA